CUCGCGCGCAAGCGAUCGCAACAAUGCUCAGGAGACUCGGCGAGGUCGGGCCGUGAUGUCUGGCUCAAGGCAGGAGGCGCAGAGUUCAUAAGACGCAGCCCUGCGCCGCGCCGGAUCCAGCCCAUCCGAGCCCCCCCUCGUCUUCGGAUCUGCUCUUUUCACUCUCUCCCGCCGAACCGCCCACCCCAGCGCGUUGCCGACACACACGCCAUGGUCACCUGGGCUCCUCGAUGAUUAUCGUUAUCGCCACAGAGCGAACAAGCGGCGCGACAGCGACAACGACAACACCAAGAACAGCUUAGCACCGACACUCCACCAUGGGCCAGAUCGAAGUUGCAACCUCGCGCGCCGGCGCGACCAUCAACGCCGCGCUCGCGGGGCGCGACGUCAAGUGGUACCGCGGCAACCAGCUCAAGCUGUCCUUUAUGCUGUUCCUCCUCGUACUUUCCGCCGCGUCAAACGGCUACGACGGCUCAAUGAUGAACGGUCUGCAGGCCCUCACCACCUGGCAAGAGUACUUUGGCCACCCGGAGCGCAAGCCCAACCUCUUUGGCGUGUACAACGCGAUCCAGAACAUUGGCUCCAUCUGCGGCCUCCCCUUCGCCCCCAUCGUCGCCGACCGCUACGGCCGCCGUGCAGGCGUCUUCAUCGGCUGCUGCAUCCUCAUCGUCGCCUCUAUUCUACAGGGAUCGGCGCAGAACGCCGGCAUGUUCAUCGCGUCACGUGGUUUGAUCGGCUUCGGACUUUCGUUUUCCCUCCUCGCCUCACCCAUCCUCAUCUCAGAGCUCGCGUACCCGACCUUCCGCGCACCUUUCACGGCGCUGUUCUCCACGCAGUGGUACCUGGGCGCGAUCUUCGCUGCGUGGACGACGUUCGGGACGUUUAGGAUGCACACGAACUGGGGUUGGCGCAUCCCGUCGCUCCUGCAGUGUGUCCCCUCCCUCAUCCAGGUUGGAUUCAUCUGGUUCCUCCCCGAGUCCCCCCGCUGGAACAUUGCCAACGGCAAGACGGACAAGGCCGUCGAGUUCAUUGCAAAGUAUCACUGCGAAGGGGACCACCACGACCCGCUGAUCGAGGCCGAGAUCGACGAGAUCAAGCAGGCCAUCGAGGCGGACCGCGAGAACAAGACGACGACGUACCGCUCCCUGUUCUCCACUGCGGCCAACCGCCGCCGCAUGAACCUCGUCAUUGCGCUCGGCAUCUUCUGCCAGUGGUCGGGCACGGGCCUGAUCUCGUUCUACCUGACGCUCACGCUCAAGGGCAUCGGAAUCACCGAGGCAAAGUGGCAGACGCUCAUCAACGGCAUCAUGCAGGUGUACAACUUUGUUGUUGCUGUCGGCGGCGCCAUGCUCAUUGAGCGCGUCGGCCGCCGUCGCCUCUUCCUCAUCUCGUGCGUCGGCAUGUGCAUCAGCUUCACCGCGUGGACGAUUUGCUCGGCGACAUACACCCAGUCGUCGCACACCUGGGACCCGGCGUGCCUCGCCGCCAACGACGGUGACAAGAACUCGUGCCCCGCGCUGGAUGCAAACAAGCAUGCCGGCCGCGCAGUCAUCGCCUUCAUCUUCCUCGUCCAGUUCUUCUUCAACAUUGCCAUGAAUCCCCUGUGUGGUGCCUACGCCGUCGAAAUCCUGCCCUACACCCUCCGCUCCAAGGGCAUGAUGGUCAUGAACUUUACCAUCUCGGCGGCGUCCAUGUUCAACCAGUACAUCAACCCGAUCGCGAUUCUGGCCAUCGAGUGGAAGUACUACAUCGUCUUCUGCAUCUUUAUCGCAUUCGAGGGCGUCUACAUCUACCUGUACCUCAUCGAGACGCGCGGUCCGAACGGCCCGCUCAGCCUCGAGGAGAUUGCGUCACUCUUCGAGGGCCCCUUCCGCUGGGGCUUCCAAAAGCUCCCGCACCACGAGAGCGAGCAUGCCGAGGGGUCCAUCUCGGACAAGGAGGGAAAGGGUGGCGCCGUGCAGUACGUCGAGGACGGAGGGUCCGUUGAGUCGCUGCGGCGUUAG